AUGGCUAAAUUAAUGAUAAAUCUUUUACCGGAAGCGUUCGUUAUUUGUCGUUUCUCCCCAUCAUCACCAUUACCAUCAUGGGCCUUUGAUGGUCCAUUCGUUUCGAUCACCAAAACCGAUGAUGAACUAUCAAUUAUAACCAUAGAUGAUCGCCGUUUACCAAAAGAUAUUCAAUGCGAACGACAUUGGAAAUGUUUCAAACUACAAGGUCCGUUUUCAUUUGAUAUGACCGGUAUUUUAACAUCUGUUUUGAAUCCAUUGGGCAAAGCUGACGUCGGUAUCCUCGCCGUAUCAACAUUCGAUACGGAUUAUGUUUUAGUGAAAGAAAACAAUUUAGAAAUAGCAAUUGAUGUUUUGAAGCAAAAUGGUCAUUCAGUACACGUUAUAUCUUGA